UCAAUCCUUUCUCUCUCACACAGACACACACGGAAACACUCGAGAGUUCACUGGAACAAAAUCGAAGGCGAAGGCCAAUUGGAUUGGAGCAGCAUCCCGAUUUCCAAGCUGGCGUUCAGCCCGAAGAGAGCGACGGCGGAGCUCCGCCACUCGAGCUCCAUCGGCAAUCGCGCCGCCUCGUCCCCCUCCGCCUCCGCUGUGGCCUCAUCCCCAUUUUCGUCCGACCACAGCUCCGCCACUGCCUCCGGCGACGAUCAUGACGGACGCGAUCGGCAUCCCAGGGAUCGCUCAUUCUGCUCCUAUUUCCAGCCUUUCCUCCCGCACUUCUUUUCUCCCAACGACGAUCUCCAUAGGGCGCAUUCCCAUAGAUCUAAGAUCUCGACUAUUGUACUCGUCGCUAUCGUUUUCGCCGGUGUAAUUACAGUUUUGUCCCUCGUUCAACGAUUGAAUGCCCCUUAUUUGUGCAAAAAAGAUGGCAUUACUCUUCAGUGCCCUCGUGUUAAGGAGCCACCCUCACUCUGGGAAAAUCCUUAUUCAGCCACUACAUCAUGGAAACCUUGUGCAGAAAGACGCGAGGGUGUUAUUUUAGAUCUUCCAUCUGAGAAUUCAACAAGUGGUUAUAUAUUUAUUCAUGCGGAGGGCGGUCUUAACCAGCAAAGAAUUGCUAUAUGCAAUGCUGUUGCUGUGGCAAAGAUCAUGAAUGCUACUCUUAUUUUGCCUGUGCUGAAGCAAGACCAGAUAUGGAAAGAUCAAACGAAAUUCGAAGAUAUAUUUGAUGUAGAUCAUUUUAUUGACUACUUGAAAGAUGAUGUUACAAUUGUCAGAGAUAUCCCGGAAUGGUUUUCAGAUAAAGCAGAGCUGUUUUCUAGUAUAAGACGUACUGUAAAGAACAUUCCAAAGUAUGCUCCCGCUCAGUUCUACAUUGACAAUGUUUUGCCGCGGGUCAAAGAAAAGAAGAUAAUGGCCUUGAAACCUUUUGUUGAUCGACUGGGGUAUGAUAAUGUUCCUCAAGAAAUCAACAGGCUAAGGUGCAGAGUGAAUUACCAUGCUUUGAAGUUUCUUCCCAAAAUUGAAAAUAUGGCUGAUUCACUUGUAUCAAGAAUGAGAAAUCGGACAGGCAAUUCUAAUCCUUUCAUGGCUCUUCAUUUAAGGUUUGAGAAAGGUAUGGUGGGUCUCUCUUUCUGUGAUUUUGUGGGGACUAGGGUAGAGAAAGCUCUGAUGGCUCUUUACAGACUCAAAGAAUGGCCCCGACGCUUCAAGGAUGGUUCCCAUCUUUGGGCACUGGCUCUGCAGAAGCGAAAGGAAGGACGUUGCCCUCUUGAACCCGGUGAGGUAGCAGUGAUGCUUCGUGCUAUGGGCUAUCCUAAAGAAACACAAAUAUAUGUGGCUUCUGGGCAGGUGUAUGGUGGACAAAACCGCUUGGCACCAUUGAGGAACAUGUUCCCCAAUCUUGUCACAAAGGAGGAAUUAACGACCAAGUUGGAGUUGGAUGGAUUUAGAAAGCACGUGACCAGUUUGGCGGCUCUAGACUUUUUGGUCUGUUUAAAGUCUGAUGUCUUUGUCAUGACACAUGGUGGAAACUUUGCUAAACUAAUUAUAGGGAACCGGAGGUAUCUAGGUCACCACCUAAAAUCCAUAAAACCAGACAAGGGUCUGAUGUCCAAAUCUUUAGGAGACCCUUACAUGGGCUGGGCCACAUUUGUCGAAGAUGUGAUCACAACCCACCAGACUCGAACUGCACUACCGGAAGAAACUUUCCCCAACUAUGACAUCUGGGAGAACCCCUUGACACCUUGUAUGUGUAGAACCUGAUUAAUAUACUUCUUACAGCGUAGUGCAUACCAUAGGGAAUAUGAUGGAAAAUUUUGGUCCAUAAAAAGAUGAGGUAAAAGCUAUAGAGCUGCAGGUGAUGAAAUUUUAUGUCUGAACCUGUGUGGCUGUGAUGAGAGGUCUCUUGCUGCCAAACAAGGGCUUCAGAUUUUUCGCUCUACUUGGAUCAGAAAUGUUAUCUUUCGUGCUGGGGUGCAAAGAGACGACAUGUUUGUAUUGAAAUAUUGAUGUUUUAGAUCAUAAUUUUUCAUGUGUAAAUUGGAGUGUAGUUCACUAGUUUGCAUUGAGAAACUUCCGAUUCUAACCGGACCGAUUGACCGGUUAACCAUUUCAAUUUUAACCUGAACUGGUUGACCGGUUAAACAGUUUCAAUUUUUCAUAAAUCCUAGUCCUUUUUCAUUUGCUCAUAA